AUGUCCCCAGCCAUGAAGGCCGACUCGACAGCUGACCCGACGUUGGCGAUGGCUCCUGCGGAAGUUCCCACGGAUACGUCCGAAAACCCUGAUACCAGUACGACGAAGCUGAACGCAACUGUUGCAGGUAACAACGUGCUGGUCACCCGCAGCAAUAUCAUCGUCAUCGGCGACCAAGCUAAGAAAGGGGUGGUAGACUUUCUCAAGAACCUGGUGAUGAAAGGCUCCAGUCCGCAAGACGACGACGCGUUGACUACCCAAAUUAUCACUGUUCUGGGCGGUGGCAACAGCACCGUAACCAAGUCAGUCCUCGCAACGAAGAUGAUGCCGAAAAUCAAGUCCGCCUUUCGGAGCCGUGGGAAACCUGCACAGCUUCGCCAGAUCAUUGUGAAGCUGACCGAGAUGUCGCCUACGUUCGGCUCAACCGAGGCGGGCGACGACGAAGCGUAG